AUGGUUCAAUUCAAAGCCCUCGUCUUCGCUCUCGCCAUCUUCAUGGCAACCGCAUCCGCAGCCCCAGCAGAAAACGACGUCCCGUCCGACAGAUGCAUGCCGGGAUGCCAUCCCAAGAAAGCCUGGUGCAAUCCUCCAUACUUGCUUGCUGGUAUAAUAGUACGAAACCCCGUACAAGCUGCCAACUAG